UGUGAAUGAACUUUAAAAGCUAGUGUUUUUCAGGUACAUACUGAAUAAACCUUGUUCAUUACGUUAACACAAAUAAUUUGAUAAUAACAUUGGGAUGUAUCAUCCCUCAUUAGCUGUCAUGUCCCCACAAUAGUCCCUAAUUCACCAAAGACAAGUCAACCUGUAUCUAUUCUACACUUCACUCUUACACGUUUCUAAUAUUUUUUUCCUCAACCAUUUCCACCAAUUCCAAAACCUAAUAGCUCUUCACAUUCAUUAUUCACUUCUUAUAUAUACUCUCACACCUUUGCAUGCAAUUCAUUCCACACCAAAUACACUUCUCUUUUCCUUCUAAUUAACUUGCCUCCUAUACCCUAGCUAGUUCAAAAAUGGCAACUAGAAUACCUAUUGGCCUACUUUUUGUAGCAUUUUUUGUAGCAACCUAUGCUACUAAUAAUUUCAACCAAUACUUUGACAUAACAUGGGGUGAUGGUCGUGGCAAAAUCCUCAACAACGGUCAACUUCUUACUCUAUCUUUGGACAAAGCCUCUGGCUCUGGAUUUCGUUCCAAAAAUGAAUACCUGUUUGGAAAAAUCGACAUGCAACUAAAGCUUGUGCCUGGUAACUCUGCUGGAACAGUCACAACUUAUUAUCUAUCUUCUCUUGGAGAUGCUCAUGAUGAAAUAGAUUUUGAAUUUCUUGGUAACUUAAGUGGUGAUCCUUAUAUUGUUCAUACAAACAUUUAUGCACAAGGGAAAGGAAACAAAGAACAACAAUUUUACCUGUGGUUUGAUCCCACCAAGGACUUUCACACCUACUCCAUUCUUUGGAAUCCUCAAAGCAUCAUAUUUUCUGUGGAUGGGACUCCUCUAAGGGAAUUCAAGAAUUUGGAAUCAAAAGGUAUUCCUUUUCCAAGAAGCCAGGCAAUGAGUAUAUAUUCAAGCCUUUGGGAUGCUGAUAAUUGGGCCACAAGGGGAGGCCUAGUGAAAACAGAUUGGGCCCAAGCCCCAUUCACUGCUUCAUAUGGAAACUUCAACAUCCAAGCUUGUGUUUGGACUUCUUCUUCAGGCUCAUCUUGCUCUUCCAAAACUCCAUCUUCAAGUAAUCAAUCAUGGAUGAAACAGUCUUUGGAUUCAACAGGACAUGCUAGGAUUCAAUGGGUGCAAAAGAAUUACAUGAUUUACAAUUAUUGUACCGAUACUAAACGAUUUCCUCAAGGCCUCCCUCCUGAAUGCUCAGUUGCAUAAAGAAAAAAGACUAUAUGUAUAAUCAAAUCAUAUAAUAUCAUGGGGGGAAACUAGGAUAUAUAGUAUACUCAGUUGAUAUUUAUGAGUAUGUUAUAUUAUGCAUUUAUUUGUAUAUAUGGAGAAAAAAAAUAUGUCGAGAACGAAAUAAAGCUCAAGUUCAAUUUCCAAAAGAAUAGAA